AUGGUCCGUGUUCAAUCACUGGCACACUUGACGUUCAUCUCCCCGACUUUGACGUUGCAAGCGGACGAUUAUUGGACGAUCCGCCUCAACGUCCCUGUUCUCGUAUUCCACAUCUUCCUCGCGUGGACCCAGGCCUGCGGGGUCCCAUGCUCCCCACUCAUGUUGGAAGAUGCCGCCCUUGCCCAAGGUGAGGUGAUCGGAAUCGUGAUUGGGGCCAUUGCACUGUUUUCGAUAAUCAGCAUCCUUCCAAUCUUUCUGGUGUGGCACCGCAGGAGGAGACAAGCUAUUGCUGCUGCCCGUCCUGUCAACCAGGCUCUUGUCUUGAGCUCCUCUAUGGAACAAGUUUCCGUGGAAAGAUGGCUCGAACAGCAGAACACGAAUAGUGACAUUGAACAAUAUGCUGAAGACACCUGGUAUGUUCAAAUCCCUUCAUUUUCACCUUCCUCUUCCUCUCUUUCUCUUCCCUGCAUCAUAUCAUUCCAAGUCAUGGGUCUUGGUAUUCGGUUUGGCACUGGGAUUGGCAAUGGCAAAAGCCCCGACACCGACAUCUUGGCCUGA